AUGGCAGCCGCGGCGGCGACGAGGGCUUACGACCUCGUGGUGUGGGGCGGGAGCGGCUUCACCGGCCGCCUCGCCGCCGAGUACCUCGCCAAACGGUACACCCCGGGCUCGCCCGAUCCAAACUCCAAGGGAAGCUCGGAACCCGUGAGGUGGGCCAUCGCGGGCAGGGACAGGGCCAAGCUCGAGUCCGUCCGCGAAUCCAUCGAAGCCAAGCAUCCUCACGCCAAGGGCAAGAUCGACAUCCUCAUCGGCACCAACGACGAUCCCGCGAGCCUGGAGAGCGUCGCCUGCGUCGCCAACACCGUCCUGUCCUUCGCCGGCCCGUUCGCCAUCUGCGGCGCCCCAAUCGUCGACGCGUGCGUCAAGUGCGGCACGGACUACUGCGACAUCACCGGCGAACCCACGUUCAUCCGCGACACCAUCGACAGGCACGACGCCGCCGCCAAACUCGCGGGCGUCAAGCUCGUAUCGUGCGUCGGGUACGACUCGGUGCCGUGGGACGUCGGCGCAUUCGCGGUGGCUAAGCACUUUCGGGACAACGGCGACGAGUGCGUCGGCGCCGUGGGGCACGCGGGGGCGGCGCGAGGCGGCGUGAGCGGCGGGACGAUCGCGUCCGCGAUCAACCUGAUGGAGACGACGCCGUGGGACGUCCUCAAGCGCAUGGGGUCGCCGUUUUUCCUCUCCCCGGAUCAUCGCGGAGACUCCGAUCGAGAGUCGUCAGCGGCGAGGUCGAGGUGGAGGACGCAGAGCUCCUGGCGUUUCGACGAGGACGUCGGGCGCUGGACGAUGCCAAGCGUGAUGGCGGGCAUCAACACCAAGGUGGUGGCGAGGAGCUGGGCGAUCGACGCCUCGGGCGUCUACGGCAAAUCGUUCGUCUACGACGAGUCGGACAUCUGCUCGGGCAGAUUCGCGGCGGCGUUCGGUACCGCCGCGUUGACCGCGUUCGGCGCCGCGCUCAUGUUCCCGCCCACGCGUUGGCUCCUCAAGAACCACGUCCUGCCCAAGCCCGGACAAGGCCCGAGCGAGGCGUUGCGGGAGGGGGGUUUCGCGAACAUCUACGUCGUCGGCACGGGCGCCAAAAACGGCGACAAAGCCGUAGCGCACGUCGAGUUCAAGGGCGCGGACCCGGGGUACAAGGGAACCGCGGCGCUCGCGGUGGAGGCGGCGCUGUGCAUGGCGCUGCCAACGGAGCGGGCCAAGCUGCCGGAGGGUGGGGGGUGCCUGACUCCGGCGACGGCGCUGGGGCAGACGCUGGUGGACCGAAUGAACGCGUCGGAGAAUUUCGCCGUCGGCGUCGUGCCCCUCGCGGACGCCGUGAUUCGCGGAUGA